AUGGCGGGUACCUCGUCACUGUAUUGUUGCAAAAGAUGCUCCUCUGUUAGCUGUGCGUGUGACCAGGGCAAGUGGAGCGACUCCUCCCUGCUGGGCAGGCGGCUUUCCGAAGACUCGAGCCGCCAACAGCUGCUGCAGCAGUGGGCGAGCAUGUGGAGCUCCGGGAGCUGGAGCGCGCCGGCGGCCGGCGCCGAGGAGACGUGGCGCGGGGAGGCCGCGGAGGAGGAGCGGCCGCUGGUGUUCCUGUGCUCCGGCUGCCGCCGGCCGCUGGGCGACUCGCUGAGCUGGGUGACGAGCCAGGAGGACCCCGACUGCAUCCUGCUCCGCUGUCAGUCCGGGCGGGCGGGGGGCAUGGGGUCGCCGUCUUCCCAGGGCAGCGGCCAGCUUACCCCAAGCCUCCUGGAGUGCUGGAGCAUGUGCUUGGCGGGGAUGCCCAUGAAGGAGGAUCAGUCGCUGGAGAACGCCAUGUGUGGGGAAGCCGAGGGCUUGUGA